AUGCCCAAGUUUGAUAUCGCGGUAUAUGGCUCGACUUCGGGCGCCGUGGCUGCAGCUAUCCAGGCUGCACGGCAGGGACGAAAGACCGUCCUGAUUUCUCCAGAUGAGCACAUUGGUGGAAUCCAGAUAGAAGGCCUGGGCUCAACAGAUAUCGACAACCAGGUUGAGUUCCAAAACAGCACUGCGGUUGGGGGCCUUGCGCUGGAGCUGCACCGGCGACUCAGUAAACACUACGGACGGUCUGAGCACCUUGAGGAUGUGCUUUCCAGGCGGCUGAAGGUUCCUGAGGUGUGGAAAUUCGAGUCGUCCGUGUUGGAGCAGAUCAUUUCCGACUGGCUUGCAGAGUAUCCUUCGCUAGUAAUCAUCAAAGCAUCGCUCAUUGAGCAUCCCUCGGCUGUGACAAAGAAUGGCCCUGCUGUCACUUCAGUGCAGUUGACAAAUGGGCAAACCAUCGGUUCUCAGUACUUUAUCGAAGCCACCUACGAAGGAGAUCUUCUUGCCGCUGCGGGGGUGGCCACUACUGUAGGCCGUGAGCCCUCCAGUCAGUACGAUGAGAGUCUCGCCGGAGUUCGAGAUGACACGCGCUACACCCAGUUCGACGUCCCCGUCGACCCCUACCGUGUCCCCGGUGAUUCAUCCAGUGGGCUCCUCUAUGGAAUCUCUCCCGAGCCCUUCGGCGAGCCUGGGAGCGGAGACCAGCAUCUUCAGGCCUAUUCCUACCGACUCCCUCUAACAGACGUCGAAAGCAAUAAGCUUCUCCUCCAGAAGCCCCGGGGAUACGAUGAAACUCACUACGAGCUUCACCGUCGAUACAUCCAGGCUGGCGGGAAACUAUACAGCCCUCGUUUUCGGGGUAUUCCAAACCGGAAGACAGAUCUUAUCGGAUCCGAAGGCGUGCUCGCUACAGACUUACUGGGAAUGAGUGACGACUGGCCGACUGCGAGUAGAGCUAGAAGACAAGAGAUCUUAGAAGACACCACGCGGUUCACACAAGGACUCAUAUGGUUCUUUGCCAACGAUGAAGCUGUCCCCUCCUCCAUUCGAAACGAAUGGUCCAAGUUCGGCUAUUGCCUCGACGAAUUCCCAGACAACAACCACUUCCCACGCCGGCUGUAUGUCCGCGACGCCCGCCGCCUCGUCUCCGACUACAUCAUCACCCAACAUACGGCCUCCGAGCACGAUGGCGAAGAGCCAGACCCUUAUCCUGUUGCCGUAGCAUACUGGCCCACAGAUACACACUGCGCGCGACGAGUCGUUCGAAACGGCCUAGCCUAUAAUGAGGGCUUCGUGUUCAAGGAGAAGCACGAGUGGAGGCCGUUUGGGAUUUCGUACCGUGCUCUUGUUCCGAAGGUCGGCGAGGCUGUGAAUGUUCUUACAGCGACUUGUCCGAGUUCGAGUCAUGUUGGUUAUGGCGCCGUCCGCAUUGAGCACCAGUUCUAUGCGCUUGGUCAGGCUUGCGCGAAUGCUUGUGAUAUUGCGCUCAGCACGAUGGAAUCUGGAGAUUCAAGUCUGGUUAAAGUGCAAGAUGUCCCAUAUGCAGUUCUUAGGGAGAGGCUUCUUGCACAAGGCGCUGUGCUUGAUGCGUCGCUGGUUGGGAAGCCGGAUUUUAGUCUCUUGCAUGGAUAG